CCACCACCGCCGCACACGACACCAUGCCGCACGACGCCGGAAGCAGCAGCAGCAGCGGCGACAAGCACGCCGGCGAGCAGCACCACCACCACCGGCACCGCAGCAUCGCCGAGCGCUUCGGCGCCGUCGUCACACGCACGCCCGCCGCCGUCGUGCCGUCCUUCGCACGCUCGCACCGCGAGCACCACCACGCCCACGACGCCGGCGCCACCGAUGCGGCGCACCCGCAGCCCGAGUCGGCACGCCACCGCCUCGCCGCCAUCGCCGGCCAGCUGGCCAGCGCCACGAGCGGCGCCGCGCAGAGCCUGCCGCAGCUGCCGCACCGCACGCUGCGCCGCAGCGACUGGAGCCACAUGCCGGCCUACGCAGACCUGCCAACUGAGGGCGGCUUCUCCGGCUGCGCGUGGGACGUGUGGGGCAAGGGCGACGAGCUCGGCACCAUCAACCUGCUCACGCCCGAGGUCGUGUCGCGCACGGCGCGCGAGGAGAUCAAGAGCGGCGUCGCCAUCUCGCUCAACUGGGCGCUGAACAUGCCCGACGUGCCCUUCUUCGGCCGCGCGUGCAUGCAGCACAGCAUCAACGCCAAGACGUCGCCGGCGUACGUCGAGCGCCGCAGCGCCAGCAUCGCGCGCCUCAACGCCGCCGGACACGGCGUCGAGGACCGCUCGGACCCGAACGACCCCAGCGCGGCCCCGCUUGCCGACGAUACCGUCUUUAUGAACACGCAAAGCGGCACGCAGAUCGACGGCUUCAGGCACUUUGGCCAUCUCGGCCUGAACUGCUACUACCAAGGCGUCAAGCAGGCCGACCUCGCGUUCGGCAAGCAGGACGGCAGCCAGGGCACACAGCUCGGCGUGCAGGCGUGGGCGCAGCACGGCAUCCAGGGCCGCGGCGUGCUCAUCGACGUGUGGGGCUACUUCAAGCAGAAGAAUGGCGGGCGCGACCCGUGGGAUCCGUGCACCACGUUCCCGAUCACGCUGGCCAUGCUGAAGGAGGCCGCACGCGCGCAGGGCGUCAACCGCUUCCACAAGGGCGACAUCCUGCUUGUGCGCAGCGGCUUCAUCGAGCGCUACACCAGCGCCUCGGGCCUUGAGAAGCAGCACUGGGGCCAGAAGGGCCAGGAGCGCUUUGCCGGUCUGGCGCAGGGCGAGGACAUGGCCGAGUAUCUGUGGAACAAUCACUUCGCUGCUGUCGGCGGCGACGCACCCGCAUUCGAAAGCUGGCCGCCGCCGCUCGGCCACUCGUACCUGCACGAGACGCUGCUCGGCCUGUUCGGCCUGCCGAUUCUCGAGAUGGUCGACCUGCAGGCGCUGGCGGCGCACUGUGCCGCGCAGCGGCGGUGGACGUUCUUCUUCUCUGCCUGGCCGCUCAACCUGCCCGGCGGCGUCGCCUCGCCGCUCAACGGCAGCGCCACGUUCUGAUGCCUCGCACACCCGUAGCAGCCACCCCUGUGCCGCGCGCGCUGGUCUGUCGGACCUGUCUAGAUUACCCGUGCACCCUGUGCAAGCCCUAUGCUGUUCCUUCCCUAUGCCGGCGGCACGGGCGCGCCCGCCGGCACGACGAUGCCGGCGCCUGACCGGGCAGCGGCCGACGCAGGCGGGAGCACCUCGCUGAGGCUGCCGAGGCGCGGGCCAGCUGACGCGUCGAUGA